AGAGACAGUCACACCAGAGAAAGCCAGGGUUAUUUGAAUAUACUAGACGAUUACGCGCAUCGGACCGACUUUUGCAUCCUCUUGGGUGAUGGAGAGCAGGAUCAGACCCCUGGGCCUGGCCGGGCACCCCGGCCUGCAGAUGCCCCCGUCCCUCCUGCACCCUCCGCACCUCUUCCUGCGGGCCUGCAACCCCCCGCUGGAGAGGGGGUACCCGCGGACCCCGAAGUGCGCCCGCUGCAGGAACCACGGCGUGGUGUCGGCCCUGAAGGGCCACAAGCGCUUCUGCCGCUGGAGAGACUGCGUGUGCGCCAAGUGCACGCUGAUCGCGGAGCGGCAGCGCGUCAUGGCGGCGCAGGUGGCGCUGCGCAGGCAGCAGGCGCAGGAGGAGAGCGAGGCCCGGGAGCUGAGGCUGCUGUACCCGGGCUCGGGCAUCGGGGUGCCGGCGGGGAGCCCCGAGGGCCCGCCCCUGGGGGCCGGGGGCCCCGCACCCACCAGCACCAGCGUUUUUGGAGCUCAGAACUCUAAAGAUGAAGACAAAGUAAACAAGUACAACAUUUACAACGGAUUCGUGGGCCGGCCCCUCUGCGCGCCCCACAGCACACGAGUGCCCUCUCCAAGUGACAAGAGGAAGCUGUCUCCCAGCAGAGAGGACGCCGCUCCCCUCUCCGGUGACAGGGGGAGUCCAUCCCCGCCCUGCGACCAGCUCUCAGACAACCAACAAAGUCCACAGAGGUCGCCGUCCUCAUCCGAGCCAGAGUCAGGGAACGAGUCAGAGAAGCCCAAGGACUACCAGGCGGCGGAUCGGGACCCCACCGAGAUCAUGGCCAAGAUCUUCCCCCACCAGAAGCGGGACACCCUGGAGUCCAUGGUGAGAACGUGCAAAGGGGACAUUGUUAAAUCUAUUGAGUUGGCGUUGAGCUCCAAGGAGACCAAGAUGGACUCUGGCAGCGUGUCUUCGUCUGGUCUCCCGAGCCUGCUCAGGCCCUCUGCUGGACUGCCUGGAGCGCUCGGAGCUCUGGGCAGCAAGUCUGCCUUCUCCCCGCUGCACGGCCCCCCGGCCCCCGGCGGGGAGAGCCUGUACGGCCUCAACCCCCGCCUGGGCGUCAGCCCCCUGCGGCUGGCCUACUCCUCCGCCAGCGGCGGCGUGGCAGGGUUCAUGUCCCCCUACAUGACAUCGGGACUGAUGCCCCUGCUGACCCUGCGUCCGCCCUUGGACUCUCACUCCUUCCCGGGCAUGAUCCGAGACCUUUCCUACAUCCAGAGCAAGGACUCCCUGUGCCAUACAGGUCUUUACACGCGACUCAACAAUGACGAAUAACAACAUCAGACCAAACGACACAUUUGAAUUAUUGCCAAUGCUGUAAAUGCGUUUUCAGAUUUAACCUUUCAAGUGCCUUCAACUCUGUUUUGUGCUCAUCAAAACGACUGCAUUCUGACAAUAUAACUCAACAUUUCUUUGUUUUUUUAUGGUGUAUAUUUUGUAAAGAUUUAUUGCAAAUAA